AUGGUUUCCACUGCUCAUAGGAUGAUUUCUCCACCAGAGCUCACUCCUGACUCCACCAAGUACACUCGGGACAAGGUCAAGGAGACAGUCACCGACACCACUGACCGCGCUUCCCGCGGCUUUGAUAGCAAGGGUGUUGACCAAGAGGAUUUUGCGACACCACCUACAUAA